AGGCAGAGCGUGGCGAAAAGCGCCGCCGCGGCGGCGGCGGAGGCGGCGGAGGUGCCGCCCGCGGAGGCUGCCGUCCUCAGGGCUUGGAGACGACGUGGAUCCAAGGGUCCGUGAGCUUCUUGCCAGGGUCCACGAGCUGGAAGGACAGAAGAGCGUCCUUUCCAGGCAGCUGAGCGAGAGGCCCAUCGUGUACCAGUUCGGCCCCGACGAGAACGACCCCGACAUCAACGACGAGUACGACGUGGAGGCGCAUGCGCCAGACGGCGCAUCGCGGGGCCUGGCCGCCCUCAGCAUCGCCACCAUAUGCUGCGUCGUGUUGGCCGUGUGCUGGCGCUGCAUCAUGCGGAGUCUCGUCGUGUGCCGAAGGCAGAAGCCCACACAGCUGGUAGAGAAGUCCCUGAGGCACUUUACGCGGAGCCUAUUGAAGAGGCCGCUGUUGCUGUGGUUGUUCUACCUGCACGUGAUGGUGCUGUGGGCGAUGGAGGGCUGGCGUCAGGCUGCCCUGAACUCCGCCGCACACCAGAGCUCCCGGCGGCGCAGAUCGACCGGGCCUUCCAGGCCGCCGCGAGGACGGAGGCGCCGUGACGCGGAGGCAGCGCCGGGCGGCCGUGGCCGCCCGCGGACCGCGGCGGCUCGGAGGCGACGGCGGGGCGCAAAGCGGUAGCAGUGGCUGGCGCGCCUUGGUUUGGCCACCCCGAGUCCCCCGUUCAGCCGCGCACCAGAGGUCAUUCUUGCCUGAGGUCACUCUUGCGUAUAGCCGACCGUAUACUCGGGGGCCUUGAGACGGGGGUCAGUGCAAACGGGGGUCAGUCAGAGUGCUGGAUCUUGCGGGAUCCUGCAGCGCCGAGGCUGCACUGACCUGGGCUGGCGUGCAUGAUGUUCUAAGAUCUUGCAAAGCUUGAUUGACCCAGGUUUGGAUUGACCCAGGUCAGUAGAUCCCCGAUAGACAUGCUAACGGCGAUGCAGAUGAAGGCGAUGUAGAUUUCGAUUCCCAACAUCGCCAUCAGCCAGCAUCGCUGUCAGCGUGGAUUCGGACUGCCGCGGCGACAAAUAGGCCUUCCCGAGGCCCAGAAAGGGCAACAAAGCAUCAAACAACUUCGAUGUCUUUUAAUGGGAUCCUUGGCGGCGAUAUUAAUAUCAGGUUAUCCUUGAUUUAGACCGCACUGGGACCGCAUGUUGCCCGGCCUCCUGCUUCUCCUCGUCCCUCCUGGUCCUCCUCCC